UGUCUAGCAAGUACACUUGGUGCAUCAUUUACCUUGCUAAGUAGAACAAAACAAAGAGCAAUUUAAUGGAGGUAGAUAUGUGCAAUACCAUGUGAUCGUGUGGUUUGUGUGUAGUGCUGCUAAGGAUACUCCCUGUGGGAUGUGUAUGAAAUAAGACAUGGUGGCGCGACACUGUGGUGGUUCAGGAUCCCCACGGAUGCUCUGUCGCUCUGUGCGUGACUUCUUCCUGGCCAUCCUCCUCCUGUCCACCAUCUCAAUGACCAUUCUCUACGAACUCAGUCUACCAUGGAUACAACGGUCAGAGAAAGAGUUCCGUCAACACAUAGUCAGAUCACCACAAAGACUGAAAAGUCACAUGGACUGUUUUGCCAGCGAACACAGACAUCAAAAUGACUUCAGCGCGGACCUUAAAAACAACAGGACAGAUGUUCUGUUGAAAGUACAACAGAUUGAAGACCGUAUCCUUGGGAUCGAGGCAAGCAGACGCACCCAGAUCAAACGCGUCACUAUUCAGGGAAAUCACGACCUGAUGGAACAGGAGUUACCAGUUUACGAACCAACACUGAAGAAAUAUGGCUUUGUGGUUCAGGUGCCAGAAUGGUAUCGUGGCCGAAGUUCUAUCCUCAAAGGUGUGAAGAGUAGUAGACUGGCUCAACCUGAGGAAACUCAACCAGCAAUGCUGCUGCUUAUGGAGGAUUCCAGCCAGUUUUUCCAUCACAACAACACAGAACAACCCUACCAAAAGGUGAACCAGAUUCCAGGGUUUGUACAACACCUCACACCUGCAGAUAAUUUCUGCCAAUCAGUCAGGUGGGCGAAGGAUAAUAUGGUUAUUCCAGCAACAGAGAUCUCCCCUCCAUGCUAUGUACUGCCUGACCACCAAGAGGAGCUUUCAGAAGAAUUUCAAAGUGGAUCAAAGUUUUGGAGAGUGAAGCAACUAACCUCAAAGACUGAACAUAAAGUUUCUAAUUUAUGGGAAAACUCUUCCAAUAUUCCUGAUACAAUAAGGCAUGGAUCUGGAGGGAGAAGUGUUAUUCAAGAAUCUGUACAAAAUCCCCUAAAAAUAGGGGACUCCUUAUUUGUACUGAAAGUAUAUGUGUUGGUGACAGCAGUGACCCCUGUUCGGGCUUAUCGUCACACCCAGGGUAUUGCCCAAUUCUACAGUUUUACAGGCAGCAUACAGCAGGAAAAGAGCUGGUCAAUGGAGCAAUGGACUGAGUAUAUGUAUGAGAAUUAUGGACAAGAUUCCGUGUCUCAACUCAAGCAUAAUCUCCACAGCAGUAUCACCCAGACGCUCCUGCUGGCAAAUCAUCUCAUGGUCCAGUAUUCAAAGCAUGGAGGAAGGUGUGAGGGAUGCUUCCAGCUGUUGGAGUUUGAUAUGACCUUUAAUUCAACAUUCCAUGCUUUUGUUCUUGAGGUCAGAGGUCAACCUCGUCUUGAGCACCUACCGUCUUGGUCAGCAUAUGUCAGUAAACAGAUGGUCAUUCAGGACAUGGUCACCAUAUUGUCCAGUCAGUCCUCGAUGACUGCAGAGGUCAUCAGUCUAAUCAAAGGCAUGAAGCUGGAAGUAUCAAUAGCAGACAAGGGCUGUGUUAAUGACAUGGAGACUUGCCUGGAGGAAGCAGAUAUUGUUUAUUUGCUGCAAAGUCGACAGGAAAGUUUGGCAGAAGGUGGAUUCCUUAAGUUAUACCCGACAAUAGAGGGGGAUGAGUACCUUCCUGUGGUGAGCAGAUUGUCUGCCUUGUCUCUUGGCCUGAAGGGUGGUAGUGUACCAGGUUUGCCCCAGGGCACCUCACACCCACACCACACAGACUUACAGGUACAUUCCAUGUUGGUCAACUCGGAGCGAUUCUACACUAGCAUGGCUGCAGAAGAAACAGAGGUGGCCUAUGAUGACGUCAACAUUCCAUUAAUGUCGCAGGAUGAGAAGCCGGAGAGAAAGGAUAUCAUUGACCAGCUAAAGGCACCAGAAUGUUCCAAAGAUAAGUCACAGCUGCCUUAUUUGACAGCUAUUCACUUUUCCCCACCCAUCAAGUUAAGCCCUGCUUUUCAAGCGGUGACAUCUGAGUAUAUGGCCGUAGUAGAUUAUGGAACAUACUUGAUACAGGUCUGGGCCGUGGCUAAAGGUUGCAACUGUGAAGCAAGAUUGGAGGAAAAAUAUGGCAUGUCAAGACCUACCAAUGUCACUUUAGGCUUAGGUGACAAUAAGAUCACUAUCUUUGUGGUUGUUUUGUCCCACGACGACCCUUGGGUGAUCAACACCUAUUCAGUGAUUGUCUACAGAAAGGGCCCAGCGGAGGGCAUGAGACCAUUUACUUUGGAUGUACCUCACCAAGUCUGCUCCCUUAAACAGGACUGUGGCUUGAGAUAUUCUCCGAAGGAGCCAUGUGGUUUACAAAAUGACCAGAGAUUCAAAUUUUGGUCUGCCUUUAUUGACAACAUUACCUCUUUACCUGCCUGCCAAAGUGGAGAUGUUCCAGGUCGGUGGUUUGUUCCAUGUGAAAGUUGUGGUAAGGGAUCUGUCUGUUACUGGGAUGAGGCAACGUGGCAGCCUGACACCUGUCAACAUGUCACUCUGAACAGAGACAUUGUCAGGUCCUGCUUUGUGGGUAAAAAGGUUUUAUUUAUUGGAGACUCCACAAGCCGAGGCAUUUUUCAUUACGUGGCAGAGGUUGUUAAUGGUACCUUGACAGAGUGGGACAAGACACACAACCUGAAGGUGUACAGAAACCUCAACAAUGGUACAACACUUCUUGGGUUUGCUUACUACCCACAGUUCUGGUUACCUGCUGAGCGCAGACCGGUGUUUGAGGAUGCUCUUUAUCAACUCAUGAAAAGGACAGCACCACUACACAACAGCUCAGACACAGUCCUGGUUGUUGGAGGAGUCCAUUGGCUCUCCACACAUCAUAUCAAUGUCAUCAUGACCAAAUUACAAAGAGAGAGGUUGACAGGCAUAAAAAUAAUCAUCAAGGGCCUUGGCUCAGGAUUCCAUCAACCAGUUGAAGGACUGCACUGCCUGUCAAAGCCUGAACAUCAAAAAUUACUGCACAGGAAUCAGCUGGUUACAAAAUAUGCCAAGGACCAUGGGUUUCAUAUCUUGGAAACAUUUAACAUGACAAUGAGUCGAUAUAAAGACUUCUUGCAAGGAAAAUGUGCCUGUCAUUUUCACAGGGUCUCCCCAGCUAGACCACAGAACAAGUCACAUGACAAGUUGAGGGGAAGGUCACAGAGUCAUGGAGGGGGAGGGUUGGCCAAGCCCCCACGGUAUCAUGUGGAAGGGGAGAUCAAUGCUGUUCACUCAGAAAUACUCAUUAACACCAUUUGCACUAACCACUGUACACAUAAUUCUAAAGAUAGAUAACAUUCAUUUUAUUAACAACUUGAUCAACGAUGCAUUUAUUUUCUAAUUACAUUCUAUCUGUUUCCUUAUGGUAGCCUAUGUGUUAUAGAGAAUUGGAGAAAUUAAACAAUCUUCUUAUGAAUGUACAAUCCAUGAAUUUUCAAAAACUUUUAAUGAAACUGUCUUAACUAAAAGAUACUUGUAAGUAAAGUAACAGAGCAACAUGUUAAGAUGAUUGUUUAUAUUUUUUAUGAAAGUGAUCGUGGUGGCUUCUGAACAUUGGGAUUAAGAAGUAUGUUUUCAACUGGCAUGUAUUAUUUUAAAUGAAAUAUUUCUAUGCACAAAAUAGUCAGUUUGAAGCCAAAGAUGAUUGUUAAUUUUGUUUGUUAUUUUUCAUAUACAUUUUUAUUAUAAGAUAUAAAUUGAUGCAAGUUUACAAUAUUUUAGAUUUGAGAAUAUACAGAUUGUAAGUCAAGUAGUCAGGUGUGAAUUUCUUGGUGAAGAAUGUCAUUACAUUUUUCAUAGGGCAGAAAAAGAUUGUAUUCAUGGCCUUUGUUUUUUAUUGUUCCUGAUCUCCUGUCUUCAUUUGGGCAUGAAAAUUUCCAUUUAGUGCUCUUUUGAUGCUGUAACUUUAGGGUAUUGUUUAUAAUCAUGCAUGAAAGAAAUUGUCUUUGAGAAGUUUUAUAUUUAGAUGGUUAUUGUACAAGGAACAAAACCAUUUGGGUGAAGCCGUGUUGUGCCUGUGUAUUUCCAAGAUGUCUGAUGAAUUGUUUGUGAAGUCAGCACUAGUGUACAUGUAUUACCUAUGUCGUAACCAGUGCCUUGGUUAGUGAUAUUACAUUUUUGGUCUAUACCUUUCAUAGUGGUAUUAAGCCUGGCAUAGGUUGAUUUGCGAUCGUAACCAAUUGGGUGCAACUCAACAAAUUCAACAUAAUCUAAAAUAUGUGUUUGAAAAAAACCUUGUGAUUGUAAGCAGCUGUGAGCAACUGGGCACAAGUAUAUGGAGUUUGACAGAAAUGGAUACAACUGAAUGCUUUGAGUCACAGAAAAGUGGAACAUGUUCAGUGAUCACUAGCCCACAUAGAUCAACUAAAAUCAGUGUCAUAUCGGAGCUCCCAGUUGCUCCCAUUUACAGUUGCUCCUAGUUGCAGUCAGUCUAUGCCUAGUAUUAACUGCAGUGGCUGUUUACCCAGUAUCUUUGUUAGUGAUGUUUCAUGUAGGGCUUGGGUUAGAGAUUUUACCUGAUAUAGUGCCUUAUAAUUCGUUCGCGUUAUUACUUGUAGUGCCUGUACCUUGCGGGGAGAUCAAUUGGUCAUGUUCCCAGUUCAGCAUCCACAUACAUUUAUUGCUCUAAAGUUGGAACUGAGUUGUUUCACAUGUGCUGUACUCAUGCAACAUUUCAAACAGUGAACACAAAAACAGUGUCUUCUUAAACUUGAAGUUAUUCAGACUUGAUGUAACGUCAUUAUCGGUAAAUUGGAAAAAGGAUGAGGUUGUAAUUAGCGGAUGUGUUCCUUACAUGUUUGUUUUAUUCCGACUUUAUGGUCUUUAUUACUCACAGAUAAAGAAAUGAUACAAAUUCAGAACCACUUCAAAAUCAAGGAAAAUAUGCUUUUGUGUUGUAUGACUUUAAUAUGGAAACUCUAAAAGGCAGUUCAUGCAAACAAUGAUGCCAAGUUCCAGGUUAUUGAGUAAAUGAGUACAGAUGUGUUAUUCAUAAAGCUAACCUUCGAAAAAUGAAAUUGUCUCACAUGUGCAUGGAGGCAAUUGCAUAAAGAUGCCUGACUAGUUCCAAAUGAUGCAAUAAUUUGACUGUGACAUUUAGGACACUUGUACUAUUCAAUUCACAGUUUCAGAGUAUAAUUUUCAUACACAAAAGUCACUAUAAUGGCACUGACUAUCCCUUUGUUUUGUACUAGUUGAAUGUACCAUAGACAGCCUUAUUUACAGUGUACAUGAAUCGUUUUAAUUUGAUUAUUUGGACAAAACUAUAUUGGCUGGGAUGGCCAAUUUCAGACCUUCACAUUAAGUAUAAUUUUAAGAGGUUAUACACCCAAUACUUGCAAUGCUCUCAGAAUACACACGGAUAAACAUGUUGUAAACAUACAAAAGUAUAAUCUGGGCUUAAGACAGAUUCUAUCUUAAUCCCAUGUAUGAUUUUAAGGGUCCUUAUACACAAAAUAUUGCUCUCAGAAUGUGCUUGAAUAGGCAUCUUGUAAAGACACAAAAUGGUUGAGGUUUACAAUAUUGUGAUUGUGACUGAAGAACUUUCUGCAGUUUUUGUUGUGUAUGUUAUGAAGAACCUAAUACAUGAGUAUAUGACAGGAAAGAAAGAUUGUCUCACUUUAUGUUUGGUGACUCUCUCGUAUACGUUUGGCCACGCUGCUUUAUGUUUUCACAUUUACACUCAUUUUAAUGGUGAAUGAGUGUCAAUUAGUGCUCCCUUUGUGUACUACUGAUGCAAAUAAGACAAAGCAAAGUUUGAUUUUAGAUAUAAUCUUGCUUCUAUACUGCAUGCUACAUUAUUGAUGUGUCUGGAACUUUGAAUGACACUUUGUAGUGUGCAUAAAGCCAUUUUUUCUGCUGUGGAGAUGUUACUCUCAGAGAUUUGCUGGUACAUUUUCAGAAUAAAAUGUUCUUAUAUUUUCUUUAAUGACUAUUCUUAAUCAUUAUAUUGAUUGUGACAUUGACCAUUGUAAAAAAGGAUUUUAUUUAUAACGAUGUAUCAUUCUUCUGUCUCUAAUUGACUUUGAUCCAUUAAUGUCCAUGGACAUUACAUGUGGAACAAGUACAUAAAGAUCCUACGUCUUCAAUGUUAUGAACUUAUACAUUGAUUGUUUUAUGAGCUUUUGUACCAGAACCCAGAUUGUGGCAAUCUGUGUUUUAGACUUUCAUCGAUGUAAACCAUUGUGAACACUUGUUUCAUCCCUUUACAGGCAUCUAUGCCCUUCUCAGACACAUGCAGUGGUGUCAGUUAGGUGCUACUGUACAAUGAUCUUAAGUAUUAGGGUGAAUUUAGAGAAUCUUUAGCCAUUCUUGGUGUUGUAUUUUCUUCAUAUACCUGUAUUGUGUAGAAUUAGAAGUUGGCUGCUCUUUAUAUUAAAAGAUGCACGCUGGUAACAAUAAAUUACAUGCGAAAACUGAGCACAGAUUGUCUAAGAUCUUGUAGAAAUCUUGCAAACAUAACAGUUUUUCAGAAAAAAAAAUGGCAUUAAUUCUUGUCACUGUGGAUAAAUUUGGGACAUGGUUUAUUACGCAUUCAGAGAGAUCAGCUUUAACAUGUGAAAUGUUACGCAGAUUGAAAAAAGUGCUAAUUAUUGGGCUGUAUACAUUGUUUGGAGGGUUUUACUUUGGUGGCCAGUGACAUCUGUUUAAUUCCUGAAAAGUAAAUAUGGUAAAUGACCUAAAAUUACAUCCAAGAAAGUACAUUUCUACUGAGAGGCAAAUAAAUAAAAUAAAAUAUUACUUUUGGCGGUGAAACAUCUUUUCAGUAGGAUAUCACUCUCUUCCCCAAAUUGAAUGGAAAGCACUUUUCUGAAGAUCAACAGAACUCUCCAUAUCCAGCAGGAUGAUUAACCUAUAGUGAUUGGCGAAAUUUAGAUCAUUUAAGGUACUUGCAAGGCACAAGUCUUCACUGACAUAUUUUAAUCAUGAAAUCAUUUUUUUAGGCAUCAUACAGAGUAUUAUACAAAAAUGUAGGAAAUUUUUUUUCAGAAUAACUACAUGUAUAAAUGCUAAUGCAGAUUCCAUGUAAUUUCAUCUAAAUUAAUGUUUGUAAUUCAGAUAGGAGUCAAGGAGAGACUUAUAAAUACAUGUGUAUGCAUGCACAGUUGAAGACUUUGUCAGUGUGCGUGUGCCAAGUCUGUAUAUACUGAAAUGUCCAAUGUAGCAUAUUAUGGAAAUUGUUCACAGAUAUACAUAUAUAUUACCAUGAAAACAAGUGUAGCAGAUUUAUAAUCGGUGGUGCAUAGUCUCAGGGAAUAUGUUCAUCUCCAAAACAUAAAACACCACGGCUGUCCUAUACUUUAUAGUAAGUUCUUCUCAUGUCCUCCAAGACUUUUUCUUCAGAAUUAUGUAAAUGUCAUAAGUGGAGGACUAUGAUAUGAAUACUAUCUUUAGCUGGUCAGUCUUGAGUAGUUCCUUUUAGAGGAGAGAUUUAACAUGUAUCAUAUAUGGAUUUAUGGGGGAAGUGUGUUCAUGACUUCUUCCAACUACUAUCACUAUUCAGUGUACAUUGCAAUAA